AUGGAGGAGUAUCCCAAGGAGUUCCACGCUGCUCUCGCGCAAGACGGAUGGCUCGGUAUUGCCCUACCAGAGGCGCUCGGAGGAGCCGGACUUGGUAUUUCUGAAGCGACGAUGAUGAUGCAGACAAUUGCCGAGUCAGGGGCAGGUAUGGCGGGUGCGCAGUCCAUUCAUGCCAACGUCUAUGCCACCCAACCGCUCGCAAAGUUCGGAACGCCGGAACAACUUGAACAGACCAUUCCGAACAUCAUCGCAGGAAAGCUCCGCGUCUGCUUUGGGGUGACCGAGCCCAAUGCCGGUCUUGACACGCUGCGCCUAGAGACAUUCGCCAAGAAGCAAGAUGAUGGUUCAUACUCGGUAUCGGGACAAAAGAUCUGGAUAACGUGUGCCCAAGUAGCGGACAAGAUGCUGCUUCUGGCGCGAACCACGGCGCUUGAUGAGGUGAAGAAGCCGAGUGAGGGACUGUCUCUGUUCUGCAUCGAUCUGAACAGAGGAGACCACCGGUUGAAAGUGAGCAAGAUCAAGAAGAUGGGCGGACGCGCUGUUGAUGCCAAUGAAGUCUUUUUCGAGAACUACCCGAUCCCUGGCGAAUCUCUCAUCGGAAAGGAGGGUCAAGGGUUCAAGAUCAUUCUUCACGGCAUGAACGCAGAACGUUGUCUUCUCGCCGGCGAGGCACUUGGACUAGGAUAUGCGGCGCUGGGCAAGGCGGCUGGGUAUGCUCGAGAGCGCGUGGUUUUCCAGCGACCGAUUGGGCAGAACCAAGGCAUCGCUCACCCUUUGGCGGAUGUGUAUAUGAGGCUUGAGGCGGCGAAGCAUGCGACAUACCAUGCCGCCAGGUUGUACGAUGCGAGCAAGACAGAUGGCUCGAUUCGACAGGAGGAAGUCGGAGUGGCUUGCAACAGCGCCAAAUAUUUGGCGGCGGAGGCAGCCUUUGCGGCGUGCGAAAGAGCCGUGCUAACCCACGGCGGGAUGGGAUACGCUGUCGAGUACGAUGUUGAGCGAUACUUUAGGGAGUGUUUGGUACCCAGAAUCGCUCCGGUCAGCCGGGAGAUGAUACUCAACUACAUCUCCGAAAAGGUGCUCGAGUUGCCGAGGAGUUACUAACUGAGAUACCCUCUUGAGACAAUGGACUGCAAUGCAUCCAGAAGCUUUCAAGUCACCUCCGCUGUUAAUUACACUUGUCGCGAUCGAAUCGUCCGGAAGGCGGUUGAUGCCUUUGACCAAACCAACUAAGCAUCUGAUGUCGUAACUUGUGAGCUGUCAAUACAAGAGAAAGCAAAGCAAGCAGGGGUGUU